AACUUUGAUGUUUAAAAAAGUAAUUUAGUGUUAGUUGAAUUUGACGAAAAGAAUGCAGGUGUUGUAGUGGUUAUGCUAUGAGUAUGACACCUCUCCAAGCCUCUGCUCAAUUAACACAAAAACUAAUUUGGUGUGUAGUCGCUUUUUUUUCUUAACUGGUGUUUAGUUGAAUUUGAGGUUAGUGAGUUUUACCUAAAAAAUCAAAUAAAAUGAAAGAGUGUAUAUAUAUGCGUAGUUAUAUAUUUGAAUGUAGUUUCGUAGCUUUGACGCGUUCGAAUCCGAGUCGGAGAGAUCAACGAAGAAUCGCUUCCCUCCCAAACAGUAGUAGCUUCCACUUUUGAAUCUCUCUCUUUGGAAGCAUCUAUGAAGUUUCUCUUUCAGUGCUGCAGUUGGGAGGUGGUCAUGACUCAUUUAAGAGCUGAUAAUAAUGUGCUUAAGGACUAUUAUAUUCCAGAUUACAUUCUUGUGCCGGGAUCGGUCAUUGGAGAUUCUAGACAUGUUCCUUGUUGCCCAGUCGUUGUGUUCAUAAAUACCAAAAGUGGUGGUCAGCUAGGAGGGGAACUCCUUCGUACAUAUCAAAAACUUCUUAACAAAAAUCAGGUUUUUGACUUGGGAGAAAAGGCACCUGAUAAGGUGUUACACCAGCUAUAUGUUACUUUGGAUGAACUCAAGGGUAGUGGAGAUAAUUUUGCAGCUGAAAUUGAGAAGAGAUUAAAGAUAAUUGUUGCAGGUGGAGAUGGUACAGCCAGUUGGCUCCUUGGAGUGGUUUCUGAUCUUAAACUUCCUCAUCCACCUCCAAUUGCUACAGUUCCACUAGGAACUGGAAAUAACCUUCCCUUUUCGUUUGGUUGGGGAAAGAAAAAUCCUGGAACAAGCCAAGAAUCCGUGGAAUCUUUCUUGCAGAAAGUAAAGACAGCGAGGGAAAUGAAAAUUGACAGCUGGCACAUUAUCAUGAGAAUGAAGGCUCCAAAGGAAGGAAGUUGUGAUCCUAUAGCACCUCUUGAACUACCCCACUCUUUGCAUGCUUUUAAUCGAGUCUCCAAAACAGAUGAAAUGAAUAUGGAAGGCUACCACACUUACCGUGGAGGAUUCUGGAACUAUUUCAGUAUGGGAAUGGAUGCUCAAGUAUCUUAUGCAUUUCACUCCGAAAGAAAGUUGCAUCCAGAAAAGUUUAAAAAUCAAUUAAUUAAUCAGAGUACUUACUUGAAGCUUGGUUGCACCCAAGGAUGGUUUUGUGCUUCGUUGAUUCAUCCCGCUUCAAGGAAUAUAGCACAGCUCACAAAGGUCAUGAUCAUGAAAAAACCAGGUCAAUGGGAAGAACUCAGCAUACCUAGCUGUAUCAGGUCUGUUGUUUGCCUCAACUUGCCCAGUUUCUCUGGUGGACUCAAUCCAUGGGGAAAACCGAAGGGAAACAAUCUGCAUGAUAGAGACUUGACACCUCCAUACGUAGACGAUGGCCUUCUUGAGAUAGUUGGUUUUAGAAAUGCUUGGCAUGGCCUGGUUUUGCUAGCUCCUAAUGGACAUGGCACUCGUCUUGCACAGGCAAGUGGAGUCCGUUUCGAGUUUCAUAAGGCAGCAGCCAGCCAUACAUUCAUGAGAAUAGACGGCGAGCCAUGGAAACAACCUCUUCCAGUUGACGAUGACAAAGUUGUUGUGGAAAUCUCUCACUUUGGUCAAGUGAGUAUGCUUGCAGCAGCAUCCUGUCGAUCCAAAAGUGUCCAUGAUCCAUCAUCAGCAUUAUAUUGUAUGAAUGAUGAAGAUGAUAGUAAUGAAGAAGAAAAUACAGAAGGUUCAGAAGAGCGAAGGAAAUUCGGUGCAGCAGACACCUUUAAAUUACCGGACGAUGUUGACAUUGCUCAACUCAGUUAAGUUGAUGCGGUACACAUUCCCGCGGUUCUCAGUUUGCUUUAUAGAAAUCUUCAUUUUCCAUCCACUGAUUAGGCUUUGAAAUUUAAAUUCUUACUCAUACAACUUCAUGAUACAUUGUAUAGUAGCAAAUGUAGUGAUAUAACUUCAUGAUUCCUUUUUUCACUUUAGCUUAUUUAGUAUAUUUAGCAGAUGGCGUGUAAAUAUAAAUAUAUCUGAUUGUAUUUAAUGGAUGUUUCUUAUUCAUUAGUUCAUUUAUAAUUAA